CCAUUAUUUCCCACUGGCUGAGUAUCCAUAAAUCUCUCUUUCUUCCUCCUCAAAAACGUGGGAAGUGAGAGAUGGAAAGUUGAUUUUUCAGGCUGGAAUUGUCCUGUCAUCGUAAGAAACUGGCAAAGUAACUGCAUUAAUUCACAUCUCGUAUUUCUUCUUUGAAAUCAGUUUAUUUCGAGGGAUUCUUGAUUUUGAGAUUAGUUCAUUGGUGGGUUUUGGGAUCUGGGUUUGCUUCGAUUAACGAUGGGGAGCACAGAGGAGAAGGUUGUAGCUGUGAUCAUGGUCGGCGGUCCCACUAAAGGAACUAGAUUUCGACCUCUGUCAUUGAAUAUUCCCAAGCCUCUUUUUCCUUUGGCUGGACAACCAAUGGUGCAUCACCCAAUUUCAGCUUGUAAAAGGAUUCCAAAUCUGGCUCAGAUUUUUCUUGUUGGUUUCUAUGAGGAGCGUGAAUUUGCAUUAUAUUUAUCUUCCAUUUCUAAUGAACUGAAAGUUCCUAUUAGAUAUUUGAAGGAACAGAAACCACAUGGUUCUGCUGGUGGACUUUUUCACUUCAGAGAUCUUAUCAUGGAAGACAGUCCGUCACAUAUCUUCUUGCUGAAUUGUGACGUUUGCUCGAGUUUUCCACUCCCGAAAAUGCUAGAUGCUCACAAAAGUUAUGGAGGGAUGGGAACAAUCCUCGUAAUCAGAGUAUCAGCUGAGGCAGCUCACCAGUUUGGAGAGUUGAUUGCGGAUCCAAUAACAAACGAACUACUUCACUAUGCGGAAAAACCCGAAACUUUUGUCAGUGAUCUCAUUAACUGUGGUGUCUACAUAUUUACACCAGACAUAUUUUCCACAAUUCAAGGUGUUUCGACGCAGCGGAAAGAGAGAGCAAAUUUGAGCCGAUUGUCUAGCUUUGAAGCCCUCCAGUCUGCUACAACAAGGAGCUUGCCUAAAGACUACGUAAGAUUGGAUCAAGACAUUCUAUCACCUUUUGCGGGUAAGAAACAGUUAUAUACGUAUGAAACGAUGGACUACUGGGAACAAAUCAAAACGCCUGCAAUGUCGUUGAAAUGCUCUGGCUUAUAUCUUGCUCAAUUCCGGGUCACCUCCUCCAACCUAUUGGCAAGUGGAGAUGGUAUGAAAAAUGCUAUCAUCAUCGGUGACGUUUAUAUUCAUCCUUCAGCUAAAGUACAUCCAACUGCCAAGAUUGGUCCGAAUGUCUCAAUAUCGGCUAAUGCUCGAAUUGGAGCUGGUUCUAGGCUCAUUAGUUGUAUCAUCCUUGAUGAUGUUGAAAUUAAGGAUAAUGCAGUUGUCAUACAUGCAAUUGUUGGAUGGAAAUCGUCUAUUGGUCGAUGGUCUCGAGUACAGGCUGAUGGAGAUUACAAUGCAAAGCGGGGAAUUACGAUUCUAGGUGAAGCAGUCGUGGUUGAGGAUGAAGUAGUUGUGACAAACAGUAUUGUUCUCCCAAACAAGACUCUUAAUGUGAGUGUUCAAGAGGAAAUAAUUCUAUGAAAAAACCUUUCUUUAAAAGAAAAAGUUCAGUACAUUUUUGUGUCAUAUUACCCUCCUUGUUGUUCUAGAAAAAAACACACGUGGAAUCGUCAAAAGUCCACGACGACUUCUGUAAAUUGAGAUCUAUUUAAAAUUGGCUACUGCUUUGAUUCAAUUUUGCAAAA